GGCACUUGGUUUGAUAAAAGUCAUCUUGACAUUAGUACAAUUUGUAAAAUUGUAACAUGUUUUUUAAUGUUACCACAUCCACGUCAAGAUGACACACAAAACGAAACCAAUGUAUCAGCGUCCACACUUGUUGAUUGGUUUAAUUCUUGCCAAGAGAUCUGUGUAUUCUGGGCCGAUAAAAAUAGUCAAAAGCUUGGUGGCCCAGGAUGUAUUGUAGAACUCGACGAGGCAAAAAUUGACCGGCAAUUUUACAAUUAUUUUUCUCGUUCCAGUAGAGGAUCGGACGGAACGGACACUCCUGGCAUGUAUCAAGGAGUGGAUUCUGCCAGGAAGUACUAUCAUAUCAAAUUGUUGGAAGUCAUACAAUUGUUUGAAUAAUGAAGACUUCCAACAUCGACAAUCAACCACUCCUAUAACUUGGUCAAUCCUCAAAGUGGCGUUCAUACACGACAUAUAAAACG